GGACCAAUUAGAUUUGGUAAACAAGGAAUCUUAAAAGUGUGUGUAGGGGAGGAAAGAGAGAAAGAGAGAGAGGAGAGAGAGGGGGAAUGGGCAAAGGAAGAGCGCCAUGUUGUGACAAAACCAAAGUGAAGAGAGGACCAUGGAGCCAAGAAGAAGACUUGAAACUCAUCUCUUUCGUUCACAAGUAUGGUCAUGAGAAUUGGAGAUCUCUCCCAAAGCAAGCUGGGUUGUUGAGGUGUGGCAAGAGUUGUCGUCUUCGAUGGAUUAAUUACCUCAGACCUGAUGUUAAACGUGGCAAUUUCAGCGCAGAGGAAGAAGAAACCAUCAUUAAACUCCACCAGAGCUUUGGGAACAAGUGGUCGAAGAUUGCUUCUAAACUGCCUGGAAGAACAGACAACGAGAUCAAGAAUGUAUGGCACACCCAUCUCAAGAAAAGAUUGAGCUCGGACACUAACCUUAAUGCAGAUGAAGCGGCUAUAAAAGGUUCUUUGGAUGAAGAAGAAGAGACCUCUCAAGAGUCGUCUCGUAAUGCCUCAAUGUCUUUUGGUGGUUCCAACAAUUCAAGCAAAGAAGAUGAUACACAUAUAUGUCAGACGUUCGAGUAUUUUCAAGAUUAUAGCGAGUUUACGGGGAUAUUACAAGAGGUAGACAAACCAGAGCUGCUGGAGGUACCUUUUGAUUUAGAUCCUGACAUUUGGAGUUUCAUAGAUGGUUCAGACUCAUUCCAACAACCUGAGAACAGUUCGAAUUCAUGGGCUCCUAGAGAAUGUGAGGAAGAUGAAGUUGAGAAAUGGUUCAAGCACCUGGAAAGCGAACUCGGGUUAGUGGAAAACGAUAACCAACAACAACAGCAUAAUGAAGCCAAAGAAGAAUCAUCGUCAUCAUCACUCUUGGAGAGUUACGAGCUCCUGAUACAUUAAUGAAGCCAUAAGAAACUUAAACAACUGGUUUAUUCUUAUACAAUAGAGCUAAGUUCUUGGCAAUUUUAUUUUAGUAAAUGACAAGAUCAGGUGUAGUGAAGAAACGUAGAAAUGUAAACAGCAUGUAGAUAUUACAGAGCGUUAAGAUAUCGAGCCAAAAGAUUGCUUUGUAAGUGAAACCAAGUUAACAUGUUUUAAAAGGGUAAUAAUCUCUAUCACCUAACAACCAUCCAGAAACAGAGAAGACAAAGUAAUCAUAUCUCCAAUGUUAAAGGG